AUGCACAUUUACGUCUGCAGGCCUGCACUCACCGCCUCACCACAAGCCGUCGAAGCAUUGCCUUGCGGUGUUGCCACCAAGAAGUCAACAGUCAACACCGCCCAACGAACCGCACGAAGGCGCCACAUGGCUGAUCCUUUUCCUCUCGUCUUUGACCCCGAUGUGCCUGAUCACCUUGGCAUCAUCUGUCCUCGCAGUGCGUGCGAUUUGGAGGCGCUGUUCCAGCAGGAGCAUGUGAGCUUCACGUUCGUGGAUGAGCAAGGCGAUGGAACGACGACUCGUGUCACAUGGGUUUGCGCAGCAUCGGCGUUGAAGGCACACGACGUGCUGACAAGCCGCUGUGCUCAUUGCGCCUUUGUCGCGUCCCCUCGGAUCAACGCUUUGGUCGCACACCAUCGAGACGCACCACAUGCGCGCCUUCAACAGCACGUGCCAAUUGCUGGGGUGUCUGUCACGCCUUGCGUGGAUGCAACGCAUGAACAACACGGUUGGUUGCAAGCAAAGGAGUUUGAGGCGCCUACAGCAAGCACACCAGCAGCUUCCUCUCAGCGGCGUGAGCCGUCACAACAGACGCAACAACAACCCCACGAGAAGACCCAAGGACAGCAGCACCGACGUGGUGGGCCUCGACUCCAGCAGGGUCUUGAAGUGCGCAUUACCGCGUGUCCCAUGGGUCUGCACGAGCUAUGCACCAUACUUGCGCAUCACGAUGGUGUAGUGGACAUUGAGUGUCUCCCAGAAGCAGACGUCGUCGCUGUUCGGCCACCAGACUACCAGAAGCAGGAUUUUGUUGGCGUGGCAUGCGAUGAACGCGGCACCAGACCCUUUUCCACUGCUGGCGGCGUGUCCGGCACAGCUUCUUUGACGAGCAUGACCAACAUCGUGUCACGUGUCACGGGUUCCGUGGAUCUCGCAUUGACCACCACACCCACCUCAUCCCACCUGCGCAACCUGACCAGCCUCACACACGUGGGCGGCUACUUGGACCUCAGCAGCAACGACUUUGAUUCCAUCGACUUUGGCUCUGUCCUCGUCCGCAUUGACGGCUACUUGGACUGCAGCACAAACAGCCUCCUCAACACCAUCAACUUUGGAGCCCUCACCACCGUUUCUGGCUACCUUGAUGUCACGGACACGGACCUCACCCAGCUCGACUGCAGGGGCCUCGGCUCGUGCAUCAGGGCCGAUUCCAGCGUGUCCACCAUUCAGUGCCCACAACCGUGUUGA